AUGAAUACCGAAAGCAACCCAAUGUCAAGAAGACAACGAUUGAUAGGACUUGCAAAAAGUACUAGGGACAACUACAUCCCAAAGAUCACCGGAUCUGUAACCUCAUUCGCAUCUGGUGCGUCAAAAGCAUUUACCAAUCCAAGAGAGGUUUACGAUGAAGAAGGCAAGGUGGUUCUCCCGAAAGACACACGGAUAAAGUUAUACCCUACAUACACAAGAAAGCUAGAGGACAAGUAUUACGUUGACGUUGCUGGAUGGAUGUCAGCACCAGGGGCCAUGAAUAGGAAAAAUAGAGUCAUGAUGUCCGUUAUCAAACAGUUGAUGAAACGAGAUAACCAGGAUGUUGAACUGCAGUUCCAAAAUGAAACUGCAUACCUCCCAGCUCACCAAGUGCAUCACAAAGAGAGCGAAUCUGAUAAUGAGUCAAUCCACUCUGUGGCGUCAGAUCAAAGUACAAACUCAUCUCCAGGCACACCCAACUCUGACGCUAUAAUUAAUGAAAGACUAGCCGACUUUUUUGCUAAAUCAAUACCGAAUACCGAAAUCAAGAUCACUAUUGGGUCGGAGAGUCAGCAUGAAAAAGUGGCACAUGAGAAGUUAAUGACCGAUGGAUAUGGCUAUUUCCACACUACAAUAGAGGUCAAUUACAAACCAUCGGUAAUCUUUGCAUCAUCGAUGGUCACUGAAACCGUCUUUGCGGCCCAAAAUAUAAUGAUAGUCCCCUCAAAUGGUCUUGGUGUUAUUAGUGACAUUGAUGACACGGUUAAGCUCACAGGAGUUGUAGGUGACAAGCGACUCUUGCUUCGAAAUUUGUUGUUGCAAGAUUUUGAAGCCUGGAAAAUUCCUUCAAUUGUUAAAUGGUAUAUGGAUCUCAGUAAGAAGAGGGAUAUCAGUUUCUUUUAUGUUUCAAACUCACCAUGGCAAUUAUUCCCAUCAAUAUCGGAAUAUUUUAAUCUUGUUGGCUUACCAAAGGGAUCAAUACACUUAAAGAGAUACUUAGGUAGCAUGAUUUCCUCGCUAUUGGAACCCUCACUGUCGAGGAAAAAGACUAUGUUGCAUAAGAUUCUACGAGACUUUCCUGAUAAAAAGUUUGUUUGUAUUGGUGAUUCUGGGGAAUACGACUUGGAAGCAUAUGUGGACCUAGCGAUUAGCUAUCCCAAUAGAGUUUUGUCGAUAUAUAUUCGAUAUGUUGAAAACUCAUUAUCCCUCGAGGAUGACCGUCGUAUUUUGAAGGAGCUAUUGCGACUUUUGGCAAAAAGGAGAACAGAUGUGUCGCGUAAUUAUAGGGAGAAUGAGGAGGUAUCGCAAAAGAGGGAUAACGCUCAUGAAGUUGAUUUGAUUGACUUGUCAGAUUCGCCAGUACUUCCGCCAACUGCUGCAUCACUGAAUUUGUCAAAGAAAAAGCCACCCAUGAAACCGAAGAAGCCGAAAAACCUACAAAGCAGUUCAAGUCUGCGCGAGCUGCCACCAGCAUCUCAGUCAGGAGAGUCUACUCCUCCCGCAUUAAGAUCUGCAGUAUCUUCUCCACCAGAAUCACGGUCUGCAGGGUCCCCUCAGCCAGCAUCGGUUCCACCGUCAUCUAAUGUCUCGUCAGAUGGUAACCUGAUGAUUGAUGAGUACAGACCACCGUUACCUCCAAGACGUUCUAGAACGAAACUGAGAAGUGGGUACGAUUAUGAGCCUGGCAGCAUAUACGACUCCCCCGGGUUUAUGGAAUUGGAAGAUCGAGAUAAAAAGGGAGCAGAGUGGGUACGUAGAGUGUCCACAGCAAUUACUGCUUUGAAGAACACAAACACCCAAAUCCACAUAUUUAUGGAUAGUGAUGACAAAUUUUUCGAGAGCAGUUGUAACAAGUUGGAUGAAGAUGUACGCGUGAAAUAA